AUGUCAAACUUGAGGAGGGUGUUGGAGAGGCAACAGAAAGAAAGGGAAGAAAUCCGGCGUAGACGUGCUCAUGAAGAUCGGGACACCGAUGAAGAAGAGGAACAAAUGCUUGCAGCAGUGGUGUGUAUGCUUAAUCAAUCAAGGCACACCGUCGUUGUCAUGCCCCAAAUGUGGACAGACGUAGGGAGUCUCGGGCCAAAACUUACAGCUGCUUUGCGGAUGCUUGCUUAUGGGGCAUCUGCAGAGCAAGUGGAUGAGAUUGCAAGGAUGGGAAAAUCAACUAUCCUAGAGGAGUACCUUCGCAAACCCACGCCGAGGGACCUCCAAAGGCUUCUACAAAAAGGUGAGGCUCGAGGUUUCCCAGGAAUGAUUGGAAGCAUCGAUUGCAUGCACUGGCAGUGGAAGAAUUGUCAUACUGCUUGGCAAGGAGAGUACAGGAAUUGGAAGGGCCAAAAAAGUAUAAUUUUGGAGGCCGUAGCUUCAUUCAACUGUUGGGUUUGGCAUGCCUUCUUCGGGGUUGCCAGAUCACAGAAUGACCUCAAUGUCCUUGGUCAAUCCCCGGUGUUCGGCGAGGUAUUGGGAGGUCAUUCCCCCCAGAUCACGUACCAAAUCAACAAUAUCGUAUACUCUGGUGCGUACUACCUUGCCGACGGAAUUUAUCCUAGGUGGACGACAUUCGUGAAAACAAUUCCGAAUCCCCAAUCCGAGAAGGAAACAAGCUUUGCUUCCUUUCAAGAAGGUUACAGGAAAGACGUGGAAAGGUGUUUCGGUAUCUUGCAAGCUCGUUGCGCAAUUAUUAGGGGUGCUGCUCGGAUGCUAGAUGAGGAGGUGUUGCGAAGCAUUAUGAUGACUUGCAUCAUCCUCUACAACAUGAUUUUGGAGGAUGAGUAUGACUACGAUGCUCCAUAG